UCCUGAAGCAAUCCUCUGAGCUUCUUCUCCUGCUCCUUGAUCGCCACACACUCUCCUCUCCAUCUCCUCCGUAUUUAUUGUAGGGCCUCGACUCGGUCCAUUCUCGCUCACCGCCUCGCGCUUCUCUUGCUCUUCUCUCUCUCUCUCUUUUUCUCUCGUUUUGAGCUCGUGUUCGCUUCCCGCCAUGGAUCCGCACAAGUACCGUCCAUCGAGUGCUUUCAACACUUCUUUCUGGACUACGAACUCGGGGGCUCCUGUCUGGAACAACAACUCCUCGUUGACUGUUGGGAGUAGAGGUCCAAUUCUUCUCGAGGAUUAUCACCUUGUGGAGAAACUUGCCAACUUUGAUAGGGAGAGGAUUCCGGAGCGUGUGGUCCACGCCAGGGGAGCCAGUGCAAAGGGAUUCUUUGAGGUCACUCAUAACAUCACUCAGCUUACCUGUGCUGAUUUCCUUCGGGCACCAGGAGUUCAAACACCUGUGAUUGUCCGUUUCUCCACCGUCAUCCAUGAAAGGGGCAGCCCUGAAACUCUGAGGGACCCUCGAGGCUUUGCUGUGAAGUUCUACACAAGAGAGGGUAACUUUGAUCUGGUGGGAAACAAUUUCCCUGUCUUCUUCGUCCGUGAUGGGAUGAAAUUCCCAGAUAUGGUUCAUGCGCUCAAACCAAACCCCAAAUCACACAUCCAGGAGAACUGGAGGAUCCUUGACUUUUUCUCCCACCAUCCCGAGAGCUUGCACAUGUUCACCUUCCUCUUUGAUGAUAUUGGUAUUCCACAAGAUUACAGGCACAUGGAGGGCUCUGGAGUUAACACCUACACUUUGAUCAACAAGGCCGGAAAAGCGCAUUAUGUGAAGUUUCACUGGAAACCAACUUGCGGGGUCAAGAGCUUGCUGGAGGAAGAGGCAAUCAGAGUUGGGGGAUCCAAUCACAGCCAUGCGACUCAGGAUCUUUAUGAUUCCAUUGCUGCUGGAAACUAUCCUGAAUGGAAACUUUUCAUUCAGAUCAUCGAUCCUGAUCAUGAAGACAAAUUCGAUUUUGACCCACUUGAUGUGACUAAGACCUGGCCUGAAGACAUAGUGCCCCUAAUGCCGGUUGGCCACUUGGUCUUGAAUAGGAACAUUGAUAACUUCUUUGCUGAGAAUGAACAGCUUGCAUUUUGCCCUUCAAUUGUGGUUCCUGGCGUCUACUACUCAGACGAUAAGCUGCUCCAAACUCGUAUUUUCUCAUAUUCUGAUACUCAGAGGCACCGUCUUGGACCAAAUUAUCUUCAACUCCCCCCCAAUGCUCCUAAAUGUGCUCAUCACAACAAUCACCAUGAAGGUUUCAUGAAUUUUAUGCAUAGGGAUGAAGAGAUAAACUAUUUCCCUUCAAGGUAUGAUCCUGUUCGUCAUGCGGAGAGAUAUCCCCUUCCUCCUGCUAUGCUGACUGGAAAGCGUGAGAAGACCAUCAUUGAGAAAGAGAACAACUUCAAGCAGCCUGGAGAGAGAUACCGAUCAUGGGCGCCUGACAGGCAAGAACGGUUCAUCUGCCGAUGGAUCGAUGCUUUGUCUGACCCACGUGUGACUCAUGAAAUCCGCAGCAUCUGGCUUUCAUACUGGUCUCUGGCAGACAAAUCUCUGGGUCAGAAAUUAGCAUCUCGGCUCAAUGUGCGACCGAGCAUUUAAGGACCACACAGAGCUGGAUGUAUUGAGAUGGAGCGAGCACAAGACAAUGUCUGAGCUAUAACCUCUGUUCCAAUGCUUAUUUUUGUUGUGGUAUAUUGAACUUGCCCUGUCAUACACCUCUGUGGCAACAGGAUAUUCCUGAUUUAAUAAAUGCCAAUUGUAUGUGCUCA